AUGGUCACGCCUGAUGGUGACUUUGAAUUCAAAGUCGGAGAUGAGGGUCACUGGGAAGAUGUUGUAGCACGUUUCGGCACGGCAAACGCCAUCAAGGAAUGGAGGGACCUCAUGGCAAUCGCCAAACCUUUGGGGGAGAUUUCCAAGAGCAUUCCGGCUGCGGCUCUGCGGGGAGAUCUUGGAGCUGUGCAGACGCUUCAGCGUUUCUUCUCUCGGCUUCCGGCUUUGCUUCUGAACGGUCCCAAAUUUCAGGCUCCUUUUUCGGAUCUGCUCCGCGACGCAGGUGUGCAAGAUCCCUUCUUGAAAAAAUGGAUGGAUUACAUCUGCUUCGUGCUCCAGGCUUUGCCAGCUGAUACUCAUCCCAGCGCACCUGUGGCAUACAUGAUCUCGGACAUGUAUGAGCAGGGAGCUUUCCUGGACUAUCCCAAGGGCGGAAUGGGGGCUUUGAUUAAUGCUCUUGAGCGGGGUGUGACCAAGAAUGGCGGCCGGAUCCGGUACAAUGCCCACGUCGAAGAGAUCCUUGCAACCCAGGGCAAGGCCAAAGGCGUUCGCUUGCGAAGUGGAGAGCGAAUCUCAGCGAGAGAGGCUGUCAUUAGCAAUGCGAGCGUUUGGGACACGGCCGGGCUAUUGCCUGUAGGCAUGCGCUGGCCAAUUCCAAAGCCAGCGGAGUGUGGCUCCUUCAUGCAUCUCCACUUAGGCUUGAGAGCUGAGGGGCUUCCGGCUGACAUGCCGCUCCAUUACAGCGUAAUCAGGGACUGGAAGGAACCUAUAGAUGCAACGGGCAACGUCGUGAUCAUUAGCGUGCCAAGUGUGGUGAAUCCAAGCCUGGCUCCUGAAGGCAGGCAUUGUCUGCAUGCUUACCUAGCCGCAACGGAGCCUUAUGAGCUGUGGCAGGGCAUGAAGCGCGGAAGUGCCGAGUAUGAAGCCUUCAAGCGCGAAAGGGCCCAGCCACUCUUCGAGGCUGUCGAGAAGGCCGUGCCCGGAGCCUGCGAGCGAAUCGUGCCUUGCUUGCAAAGUGCGGAUUGGAUAGAAGGUUGGGCUACAAGUCGCAGCCAGCAGGGCACUUUUGGGGGCUAA